AUGAGCUUUUUGAAUAUUAAAGCUCGUUUAGCACAAAAGUCUCCUACCGCUGAUAGUGCCCUUUCCCAUUUGCACAGCAAUGACGAUGUUCGUCGUAAGAUUUCUUGCACAUCCGGAUGUGACGUGCCGCAGGUAGUCGUUGGUUCUCCGGAUAGUCAGUCUUCUGACUCUUCCUCUGCUCCUUAUUUGCCUGGUCACAAGCAAGAGGAUUGUGCCCGCCUAUUCAUUUGCGAUAGACGAAGAGCUAUUCUGGAGAAGGUGAUAGAUAGAAAAUUGUCCACGCACAAUGGUUUCCAAAUUUGUGAUCCUGGGAAGAUACCUCCCAACAUAUUUUUGGCCGAGCAAUACGCUGACACUUCAAGUAAUCAUUGGGCUUAUCGUUUCGAUUUCAAUCAUUGGAUUGACCAAUAUAGUAUCGAAGAGCUGUGUUUCCAAAACUUUUGUUCGUUUCUUGACCGAGAACAUGGUAAAAUGGAAAUGGAAGGUAGCCCUGGUUCACUAGAUAGUCGCAGGGGAGGUAACCCACAGAAUACGAUGCUAACGCCCCCCUGGUCUGGCGAUUCUCGUUCUCCAACGGGUGGUCCAAAUACUGUUGGACCGACCGAAGGAAAUACAGCUUAUCACCGAUUACCUUCGAGCCAAUCUGCUAACUUUCAAGAACAACAUGCAGUACUGGAUGACGAGGCAUCCAGUAUGAUGUCACAGCUAUCAGCUGGGAGACUUGAAAGAUUGAUAAAAGCCUUGUCCCUUAUGAACCCUUCACACAUAGUGUUUCGAGAUCAUUCUUGUUAUCCUCAUCGUCCGACGCUUCUCCUGUUUUGGUUUUUGAAGCUAUUGCCUUAUAAGAUUUCUCGACUAACUUUUGACGGAAUGCAGUCUGACUCUCGUAUUAAACUUCAUGAAGUUCUUGAUAUGGAUGACUUGGAAGAGUUGAAUGUCAUUCAACCCGGUCAGCGGGCGGCUUUCGCUGUAACUCCAGAACUUCUGACAAAAUGGCUUAAAUCAUCUUCUGAAAAACUUCUUCGAUUAUCAGUGACAGGUGCUUCAGAAAUGACACCUGCUUCUCUUGCAAACUUCAUCCGUGAAUGGAGAGCAACACCAGUUCCUCGAAUUUUUGAUACAAUUACGUUUGAUGCUGCUUCUCUAUCAGUGAUUGAUUUUGUGCAUGAGAUCUCUGGUCCCGGAAGAAAUGUUGAAUGGGAAUCUGAUUGGCGUCCUCCUACUCCUCCCCCAUCUGGUUCAUUGAGUCCUAUGUUCCAGAGCUCGCAAAAUCGGCAGUUCACUUUCAAGCAUAAGAAAGGACAGGCUCGUGUUCAUUACAAACAUGUGGAUGGACUCUUAGUGUUUACUUGUAUCAGCGCCACGCAAGGAUCCACCCUCCCCGGUUUACCACGUGCAGCUUCAGAGCAAGCGUUCACACAUUACAGAAAAAACAGUACUGGUAAUAUAAACGGAAACCGUUCGCUGCACAGGAUAACAACGUUCAAUUCUCCUUUGGCAGAAACACAGGCUCAGCCUAAUCAAGAUCAGUCGCAAACUUUAAAGUUCAUGGACCGUAUGUUCGGUUUCCUAUUGCGUUCUAACGCAUGA